CAUGACUUCAGGCGCCCAGCCUUUGCCGGGACUUGCGCGAAUACCAGCACUAUCCGAUGGACCACUACGGCAACCACGUCCACGGUAUCGAGCCCGUGUGGUUGGGCCUCGAGGUAUUCGAUUACGGGAGAAAUUCUCGGAAAAGUAUCAUCGAGGUGCUAAGGGCUCUCAAGUUGAAUUAUUUCCAGGCCGCCCCGCAGUCCAAGUUGCAACGCACAUGGGCAUGGCGGUGUGUGGUCGGGGCUGAGCCUAGCCCGGAUCGCCUUCAUCAUAUACAUUCUGAUGUACCUCAUGACUGUGAGGAGUGUGGCGUCCCAGCCACCACUCGACACCUCCUGUGGGAGUGCAAGAACACACAAGAGCAGCGGGCCCGGACAAGAAUCCACCCGCACAUUUUGCCAAAUAUGGUGCCUGACGUCGAUCGGGCAGCCUUACUACUCAAUGGGUGGUUUCGUGCAAUCUGGGAUCCUCCAGCGGGUGUUUCUCAAGCUGAUUGGGGUGAACACCAUCAUCAUAUUCGUCAUCCUUCUUCUCGCAUCCUCAGGUACAAAAUGCAGAUCCUGCAGCCGUACUACAACAUCCUGGCAGGCCGCUGCGCCUUCUAGCUCCCGCUCGAGUGGACCAAGGCCAGAAUCAGCCCGGCUCACGCGCAGAAGGAGCAGCACAAUCCGAUGCACAGUCUCUUUGAGGUUCCGUAGGCAUGCCGUACAAAUAUCUAUCGAAUUCUCACCUGCGAAAACUCCACUUGCACUUCUCAGUGAAAUUGAUUGUUUUCGAUAUAUGCCCGGUGUGCAUGUUGACCGAGCAGGACGCGUUGAAUGUCCAGGGCGCCCGUGGGUAGCAAUCCUUGCAAUGCGACACGACACACCACUGGUCUUCACUGCCAGACGUGCCCCCAGGAUGGCACCUGCCGUCCACAAAAGGCAAAUAAUCAGAGCCAUUCGAUUCGUUUGUCUCUUCGUCGAACUUCAGCUCGCGACGAGGAACGCCGCUGGCGACGAUCACGUGCUUCAGGACCUGCUCGGUAUUGUUCGACUCCAGCGACAUCUUCUUCAACUUCGGAUCCAACACUGGGUCGUUUGUAACCGCGAGCAUGGACAGAUGGGUUGCACCCAGAGUUUUCUCAAGGUACUUGCGCGGGAGUAACAUGACCUUGUCCUGAAGACCACCCCACCAAUCGCAAUGCUUGAAAGUGACCUCCGUGAUAUUCAGAAGCUUCUCUGGCACCACCGGUCGCAACGCAAGAGUGUUGUCUCGAACCUUCAACACGACAUCGUAUCGGCCACCUGUGGACUUCUCGUGCUGUUGAAUGAGAUCGACACAAUCCCUUUGAUGUCUCAUCUGGCUCAUCACGUUGGCAAUGUGCUUCGCCCUGGCUGAAUGGUUAGCGUAAUUAUCACCCGGGUGCUUGUCCUUGUACAGCAUUGGCCACCUAUCCAGUACGACGUUUUCGCCCUUGUGGGGAUCAAACCUGCCGCCCCUGAAGUAAGGUGCGAAUGCCUCCUUCACUUCUUCCACUGAAUAGGCAGUGCUGCCGCAUCCCUCGCCCAUGACGUUCGUCUCCUGGUUAUUGAAAACUGCACCACCAAACUCAAGAAACAAGAAAAAAUCAACGUUGGUGAAAUUGGCGAUGGGUUCCGCGAUGUUUCGAAUUUUGCUGUCGAUCUCCAGGCGGGACGUUUGGCCCAAUACGCACACCGCGACUCCAAGGCUGGAAGCUUCUGCACUGACCGUUCCUGUGAACACGACACCCCCUUUGGGGCGACCGCUCAGCGCAACGAUGGUCCCCGCGAUGCCCAGGAUGGUAGCCGCCAAAACGGCGGCAGUGCGUCUCUCGCAGUGCUGCUGUCUCUGGCGAUCUAGCGGCUCAGUGUGAGCGCCGAGUCUCUGCGCGAACAGCAGAUCUUGCUCCUCAGGCGAGGGCACCGCUUCGGGAUCACCUCCGCUCGCGAUGUUGCUGGCGGCUGCCCCGGACAUGGCCUCCACAAAGCGAGGAGGAGGAGGAGGAGGAGGAGGAGGAGGAGGAGGAGGAGGGAGGAGGAGGAGGACGCAUGGACGCCAACGUGGCGAAACGGCCGCCGAACUCCACCCGGGUGCCGUCGGGCGUCGGCGCCCUCUUCGUGCUCGGCGCGCCGCUCGCUGGCCCGGGCGCGCCCGAGCUCGAGGCCGGGCUUGAGCCAAGAGGCUACGGACU